AUGAUCCCGCGAGAUCUGAGCCUGUUUUACAUGUCUUAUGGUCCAUGUCGUCUGAGUGGAACUACAACUUGUUUCGUAGUGCCAUCGUCUACCAGGCAUGCAUACCAUGCUUCUAUUUGCUUACAGCUGCUACAUACGUCAAUUUAUCUCGUAUGCCUUCUACGCACGAUGAUAUCCUUCGACCUCGUCAUGCUGCUCUCUUCAAUCAUACAUCUAACUGUUUUGUUAAUCUACCUUAAUAACUUGAUGUUUCUUAUGAUACGAUCACGGACACAAACCCCAUCAAUUUCUUCUUCGCCAAAAAUUGAGCUUACGCAGGAGGUCGUCACGAAAUCACAAGUACUUAAACCGAACCAUACGACACAUAAACUCGGUGGCUCAAAAAGAUUCCCAAAGACCCCUAUGUCACCAAGGAAGCUAGAAGUGCAGAACUUGCGGCAGAAAACCUUAGAUCGUACGCAAUACUUACCCGAGGGAAAUAAGUUUGGGGAGGAGAACGUGAAGGCCAGAGAGAUCGAAUCGAAAACUGGCACGGAUGAUGUGCCCAACAAAACACAAGCGACAGUAGCGAACGAGGAAGACAUGCCAUUAUUGUGGCGGACUCAGUCAGAUGAUGAUUACUUUGCUAUAAAUACAAAGGUUUCAAAGAAAGCUUCGCUCAAACACUCGAAACAGUCUCGAAGAAGACUUCCUCGUGCUCCAAAAGGAACACAUGACGAGGAGCUUAGAGAUAUGGAGGAAUUUAUAAAUGAGAUGGAAACCCCGGUAGGGCAGCGCUGAAGACAGAAAGCA